CCCAAACCCCCUCACAUCUGCCAGGGAGAGCAGGACAGCCCCCACUUCCACAUCUGGGCUGGAUCCUGUUUACUGAGACCUGACAUGGCAUGAAGUGAGCCUUCAUCUAACCCUCAGCCUUCCACCGCAUCUCUGCCUGCAAGGUGAGGGGGGCACUGGGGCUGGAGUGAAAUGCGACCCUGUGUUCAUGUCUUUUUCUUUGUGUGGCUGAUGGUCUACUCCCAUGGGUCCAAUGGACAAGAGGAAGAAGAGGAAUAUGAGUAUUACAUAGAGGUCCCGCCAGAUGAGGACAAUGAUGACAUACCAUUGGAAGAAAUCAAACCAAGCUCUCCCACCAUGCUCUGUCCCAAGGACUGCACCUGUACCCAGGAAGGAGUGGUGGAUUGUGCUGGAGUAGACCUACGCGAGUUUCCAGCCGAUCUUCCCGAAUAUACUAACCACCUCUCUCUACAGAAUAACCAGAUUGAAGAGAUUCCCCCUGAAGACCUCAUAAGGCUUUACAAGGUGGAAACACUUAACUUACAGAACAACCGUCUUACAUCAAGAGGCCUUCGUGAUGACCUGUUCGAGCAGCUAGAGAGCCUAGGUUACCUUUAUUUGGCAAACAAUAAGCUGACCUUGGCUCCCAGGUUCCUUCCGAGCUCGCUAAUCAGUGCCGAUUUCGCAGCCAAUUACAUCACUAAAAUCUACGGAAUGACAUUUGGGCAUAAACCAAACUUACGAUCUGUGUAUCUACACAACAACAAGCUGACCGACGCAGGGCUACCAGACGACAUGUUUAACUCCUCCCACAACGUCGAGGUUCUUAUCAUGUCCAGCAACUUUUUGAAGUAUGUUCCUAGAAACCUGCCGCCUGCGUUGAACAAGCUGCACCUAAAGAACAACAAGCUUGUAAAGAUCCCAUUGGGGGCGUUCAGCACUCUAUCAGAUUUAAGGGAGCUCUAUCUGCAGAACAACCUUCUAACCAACGAAGGCAUGAACAAUGAGACAUUCGGAAAGCUGAACAGGUUGGAAUACCUAGACCUAUCAAGCAAUAACCUUACACAAAUCCCAGGAGGCUUACCACGGAAUAUUGUCAUACUCCAUCUAGAAAAGAAUAAUAUCCGGUCCAUCUCCAAGGAUGUCCUGACCCAGAUCAGGAACUUGGAGUAUCUUCUCCUUCACAAUAAUAAACUGAGGGCCAAAGGAAUUCAUGCAGAUGCCUUCUUGGGCUUAAAGAAGCUGCACACUGUGCAUAUGUAUAAUAACUUGUUGGAGAAGGUGCCAGCUGGCCUGCCCCGCCGGGUAAAGACACUCAUGCUUCUCCACAACCAGAUAUCCAGUAUUUCUAAGAGUGAUUUUGCCACCACCUACUUCCUAGAGGACCUCAACCUCAGCUACAAUAAGAUAAUGAGCAGUACAGUCCACAGAGAUGCCUUCAAAAAACUACGACAUCUCAAGACUCUGGAAAUGUCGGGAAACAGCCUAAAGUCAGUGCCCUAUGGACUCCCGAAAAACUUGGAGAUUCUGAAGCUGAAAGAGAAUGAUAUCAGCUCAAUCCCCCAAGACACACUGUCCGGGUUGUCGAAGUUAAAGGAGCUUUAUCUGAGCAACAAUAAAUUGAAGAUCAAUUCUGUUUAUACAGGAGCUUGGGCAGAACUCAGCAGUCUCCAGAUGCUCGACCUAGCAGGGAACCAGCUCUCAUAUGUUCCCCCUGAUUUGCCUGAAAGUCUAGAGUAUCUGUACCUUCAGAACAACAGGAUUGUAAUGGUGACUGAUAAUGCCUUCGAGUCCACCCCAAAUAUAAAGAGGAUCUUUCUCAGGUUCAACCUUCUUACGCCUGAAACUGUGAAGGAGAGGGCCUUUCAUGGACUAGAAAAACUGCAGGUGCUGGACAUUGAGAGCAGCCUGGCCCUGCCCAAAGUCUUCAAUAAGAAGGAAGUGGGGAGAGAGAAAGAAAAGGAAGAAGAGGAGGAGGAGGAACAAGAGGAAGAGGAGGAAGACUAGGAGUGGAUGAGAUAAAGCGGAAAUAUCUAUGUUGUUGAUAAUGCAGAGGGACAGAUCAUAAGACAAUGAGAAGACAUUCUACCACCCUCCACAUUCCAGAGGACCUGCCCCACGUUGACUUGCUCCUUACUUUAUUUUGCUUUGCUGUGCACUGCAGUUGCCUCUGGAGGUGAUCAUUUUAAGAAACCCUAGAAGAGAUCCAGAGAAGAGCUCUUUUUCUGGACAGCUAUCGAUGGACCUUGCAAAAGCUGGCUUUUGUUGUAUUUUUAUAAUCUAUUUCAGAUUUAAGAAUAAAUGAGAAGAUGCUCA